GAGUAGCGACCACCGAAGAAGACAGAAAGGCCCUCCUUUCUGUCCUGCCUGACAGUCAGCCAUGCUCAGCCUCCUUCCAGUCUGUGGUCGUAACUUCUUGACACGCACCGCUGUCCACGCCUGGAAUCACAAGUCUUACUCUGCAAAGAUGAGCAAAAAAGUAGCCGUGGUUUUGGCGGGCUGCGGGGUCUACGAUGGCAGCGAGAUCCACGAAGCCUCCGCCAUUUUGGUGCAUUUGAGCCGAGGAGGUGCAAGUGUGAAGAUGUUCGCCCCCAACAUGGAGCAGAUGCAUGUGGUGGACCACCUGAAAGGUGAGCCCUCCCAGGAGAAGAGAAACGUGCUGGUGGAGAGCGCCAGGCUGGCCCGUGGCGACAUCCAGGACCUUUCCAAACUCAGCGUCAAAGACCAUGACGCCAUCAUCUUCCCAGGUGGUUUCGGGGCAGCCAAGAACCUCUGCACGUGGGCGGUACAGGGCAAGGACUGCUCUGUGAAUGCUGAGGUCAAGGCCGUGCUGGAGGCGUUCCGCGGCGAGGGCAAACCCAUCGGCCUCUGCUGCAUCUCGCCCGUCCUGGCCGCCAAAGUGUUCCCCGGUUGUGAGGUCACUGUUGGCCUGGAGAACCACGACAAGUACCCCAACACGACGGAGACGGCCGCUACCAUCAACCAGCUGGGCUGCAAGCACGUGAGCGCAGCUGUAGGCCAGAGUCACGUGGACCAGAAGAACAAGCUGGUCACCACCUGCGCCUUCAUGUGCGACGCGCCCAUCCAUGAAGUUUUUGACGGAAUCGGUUCCAUGGUGCAGGGUGUGCUAAAACUAGCUUAAAGGAUUCUACCGAAGUCACAGCAUGCUGGUGUUUUAGCUAGCUUCACUACAAAUACUAAAUAAAUAGUUUCCAAGUACAAUAAAGUAGCACUUCUUUGGUA